CGCCCCGCCCCCACCGGCGCCUCCUCGCGGGCUUCCGGCGCGUCACGUGACGGAUCCGAGGCGCUGGCGGUUGCUGUCAGCUGAUUGCUUGGGUUCGCAGCAGCUGCAGCCGCUACGAUGGACUUUCUCCUAGGAAACCCAUUCAGCUCUCCAGUGGGACAGCGCAUCGAGAAAGCUACAGAUGGCUCCUUGCAGAGCGAAGACUGGGCCCUCAACAUGGAGAUCUGUGACAUCGUCAACGAGACAGAGGAAGGUCCCAAAGAUGCCUUCCGGGCACUGAAGAAGAGAAUCGUGGGCAAUAAGAACUUCCACGAGGUGAUGCUAGCUCUCACGGUCUUGGAAACCUGUGUUAAGAACUGUGGGCACCGCUUCCACGUGCUGGUGGCCAGCCAGGACUUCGUGGAAGGAGUGCUGGUGAGGACCAUCCUGCCUAAGAACAACCCACCCACCAUCGUGCACGACAAAGUGCUCCACCUCAUCCAGUCCUGGGCUGACGCGUUCCGCAGCUCGCCCGAUUUGACAGGUGUCGUCACCGUCUACGAGGACCUCCGGAGGAAGGGCCUGGAGUUCCCCAUGACUGACCUGGACAUGCUGUCACCCAUCCACACGCCCCAGAGGACUGUGUUCAACUCGGAAACACCUUCAGGACAGGAUUCUGUGGGUACUGAUGCCAGUCAGAGAGUGGACUAUCACCAGCACACCACCCCUCUGCCCACCCCGGCUGCACCGCUCAGUGACACACCCAUAGCACCAACCCCUGACCAGAUCGGGAAGCUGCGCAGCGAGCUGGAGAUGGUGAGUGGGAACGUGAGAGUGAUGUCCGAGAUGCUGACAGACCUGGUACCCACCCAGGCCGAGCCUGCAGAUCUGGAGCUGCUACAGGAGCUCAACCGGACCUGCCGAGCCAUGCAGCAGCGGGUCCUGGAGCUCAUCCCCCGUAUCGCCAAUGAGCAGCUGACCGAGGAGCUGCUCAUCGUCAACGACAAUCUCAACAACGUGUUCCUGCGCCACGAACGGUUUGAACGGUUCCGAACAGGCCAGACUGCCAAGGCCCCAAGUGAAGCCGAGCCAGCAGCUGACCUGAUUGACAUGGGCCCUGGCCCAGCAGCCCCCAGCCAACUCUCGUCCCAGCUGGCAGGAAUGAACCUGGGCUCCAGCAGUGUGCGGGCUGGCCUGCAGUCUCUGGAUGCCUCUGGCCGACUGGAAGACGAGUUUGACAUGUUCGCACUGACCCGGGGCAGUUCACUGGCCGACCAACGGAAAGAGGUCAAAUACGAGGCCCCCCAAGCAACAGACGGCCUAGCUGGAGCCCUGGACGCCCGGCAGCAGAGCACUGGAGCGAUCCCAGUCACCCAGGCCUGCCUCAUGGAGGACAUCGAGCAGUGGCUGUCCACUGAUGUGGGCAAUGACACUGAAGAGGCAAAAGGAGUCACCAGUGAAGAAUUUGACAAGUUCCUGGAAGAGCGGGCCAAGGCUGCUGAUCGGUUGCCCAACCUCUCCAGCCCCUCAGCCGAUGGUCCACCAGGCCCCUCUCCUGGUGCCGCCCCUCUAAAGAAGACCCAGGACAAAGAUGAUGACAUGCUGUUUGCCUUAUGAGUGUUGUGCCUGGCUCCACAGCCCAGGUCCCCACUGCUCCCACACCC